UACAUAAGCCCAAAAACUCCACCCAAACUUGCAUUGCAGUCCAACUAGGGCAUAUUUGCAGUCCAAAAUGAAACAGAGCAUAUUUCUGUAGCAAUUGUACAUUGGGCCAGGUUGUUAUAAAUUACAUAAACGCCCCUCGGCAAAGGUACAAUAACAACACCACAUAACAAGUUGUACCUUGCGUACUUAAUCUUAAUUAUACUGUAAUAGUAAUUAGUCCUAAUUACUCACCUUCUCUAAUUUUCUUCCUUAUAACUGACCCUUUUAAACACCUAAAACCUCCAUUGCUCUGCAACUCCGAAACCCCCACGCUUCGCCGAAUUUCACACACAUAUAUACAUAUAUACAUACACAAUCACACAUAUAUAUAUAUACAUAUAUACAGUCGAUAGAUACACACACUAACUCUUGUUCGAUGGACGACGGAGAAGGGGGUUUAAGCUUUGAUUUCGAGGGCGGGUUGGACAUCGGUCCCUCACACCCGACAGCAUCCGUACCCGUAAUCCAAUCGUCAGCGAACGCGAACACAGCUUCUGCCGCGGCGGCGGCGGCUAAUCCUUAUAACCCUUCCGCCGCACCCGUGCCGGCGACGCAGGCGGCGGAGGGGAUGAAUAACGGCGGCAGACGGAGCUUCCGGCAGACGGUGUGCCGUCACUGGUUGCGAUCUCUGUGUAUGAAAGGCGACGCUUGUGGAUUCCUUCAUCAGUACGACAAGUCUCGGAUGCCUAUUUGCCGAUUUUUUCGCCUGUACGGCGAGUGCCGCGAGCAGGAUUGUGUGUACAAGCAUACGAAUGAAGAUGUCAAGGAAUGCAAUAUGUAUAAAUUGGGGUUUUGCCCAAACGGCCCUGAUUGUAGGUAUAGGCAUGCGAAGCUGCCUGGACCUCCGCCUUCUGUUGAAGAAGUUCUUCAGAAGAUUCAGCAAUUGACUUCAUACAACUAUGGGAAAUCUAAUAACUUUUUUCAAAACCGUAAUUCUAAUUUCGCACAGCAGACCGAAAAACCUCAGUUUCCACAAGGACCCAAUGGUACACAUCAAGUAGGAAAAACCAACGCAGCAGAGCCUGGUAACCUUAAUCAACCAGCUCAGCAGUCUCAACAACCGGGCAGCCAAGGUCAACUGCAGAGUAUACCAAAUGACCAGCAAAAUCAAGCUAGUCGGAAUGCUACGCCCCUGCCUCAAGGAGCAUCUAGGUACUUUGUGGUGAAAAGUUGCAACCGCGAGAAUCUGGAGCUAUCUGUACAACAAGGAGUAUGGGCAACUCAGAGAAGCAACGAGGCUAAACUUAAUGAGGCUUUUGAAUCUGUUGAGAAUAUCAUUUUGAUCUUUUCAGUUAACAAGACUAGACAUUUUCAGGGAUGUGCUAAGAUGACAUCCAGAAUUGGUGGCUCCGUUGGUGGAGGGAACUGGAAGCAUGCUCAUGGGACUGCUCAUUAUGGAAGGAAUUUCGCUCUCAAAUGGUUAAAGCUCUGCGAAUUGACCUUUGACAAAACUCGGCAUUUAAGAAAUCCAUACAACGAAAACUUACCAGUGAAGAUAAGUAGAGACUGUCAAGAACUGGAGCCUUCUAUUGGUGAGCAGCUCGCAUCAUUGCUCUACCUCGAGCCAGACAGUGAUCUUAUGGCGAUCGCUAUUGCAGCAGAACUGAAACGAGAAGAAGAGAAGGCAAAGGGAGUAAACAUCGACAACGGAGCCGAAAACCCAGACAUCGUACCCUUCGAAGACAACGAAGAAGAGGAAGAGGAAGAAGAAGAAGAAGAAGAAAGUGAAGAUGAGGAUGAAUUCCCCGGACAGGCUUUCGGAGCUCAAGGUAGGGGUGUGGGUAGGGGGAUGAUGUGGGGCCCUCACAUGCCCCCCCUUGGACGUGGUCCUCGCCCUUUCCCCGGUGUACGAGGAUUCCCCCCCAACAUGAUGGGGGGUGACGGAUUUCCUUACGGCCAUGGCCCACCUCUUAACCAUGAUGGUUUCCCAAUGCACGAUCCUUUUGGUAUGGUGCCACGUGGAUUUGGACAGUUCGGUCCUAGAUUCGGGGGUGAUUUUGCGGGCCCCGCUUCCGGACCCAUGAUGUUCGCGGGUCGGCCUCCUGGUGGGUUUGGGCCGAUGAUGGGUCAGGGUAGGGGCCCGUUUAUGGGUGGAGGAAGAGGUGGUCGGCCGGUGGGUAUGCCGCCUCCUUUCUUUCCUCCACCGCCACCACCGGUGGCGGCACAGCCGCCUCCUCAAAACUCUAAUUGGGUUAAGAGAGAUCAGAAAGCACCGUAUAGUGAUAGGAACGAUGUUUCGGAUCAGGGUAAAGGACAAGAGAUUGUUUCAGGUUCUUCGAAUAGAGGGAAUGCUGCUAAACGAGAGGAAAGUUACAGGAAUGAUGAAAGUGAAAGUGAGGAUGAGGCUCCGAGAAGGUCUAGACAUGGUGAAGGAAAGAAGAAGAGGCGCGGCUCUGAAGCAGAAACUGAUGGUGAAUUUUAAGUUUUUGGAAAUUGAAGCAACUUUUCUUUGUAGGAAAAUUGGAUUUGGAACAUACUUAAUUUUUCAUUUUCCUUUGCCCUUUAAAGCUAUGUAUGUACUAACAAAGAAGGUAGGAUUAUAUAUUUCAUAUUUAUUU